GAAUAUUGUAGAAUUUAGGGAUAAAAAAAGAAGAAAAAAAAAAGAAAAAGAAAACAAGAGGCGGGUGGCAACAACCUAUAAUCUUUCUUCCUCAUCCUUUAACCUUAUACCUUACUUCAACCUCCGAUUCCCAAAUUCCCGAUUUUAUCGUAUUAGGGUUUUUUGAAUUCAAAAUUUUUCCCUUUUUUUCUUCGAUCAUCACUGCGAUAUCUUCAAAUUUCAUGCUCUGAGAUACACACGCGGUUGCAAUUGCUCCCUUUUAACGUUUAGGUGAAACUCGAGAAAGUUUGGAAAUCACAUAUAAUCUUCAAGGGACUUCUCAUAUAAGGCUUUGCAAUGUUGAAUUCACAAGAAAUUAUGAAAUUCAAAUCUUACCAGAAUCAGGCAAAUUUAUUCGUGAAGGAAUAUCUGUUAGCAGAUCCUCUGAUUCCUUAUACAUCCAUUAUUGGUGGCAUUUUUGCUUGCAAGAUGGUUUAUGAUCUUACUCAGCUUUUUAGCACUGUUUACUUUAAGACCUAUUCCAGCCUCACUAAAAUCCAGCGCAUCGAGUGGAAUAACCGUUCUAUGUCAACUAUUCAUGCCAUUUUUAUAACAUCUAUGUCAUUGUACCUGGUGUUUUGCUCAACUCUAUAUUCUGACAAUUGGUCAUCUGAAAUUAUUACACAUAGAAGCUCACCAGUGUCUACAUUUGCUCUAGGGGUUUCUGUUGGUUACUUCAUCGCUGACCUUGCGAUGAUAUUUUGGUAUUUUCCUUCUCUUGGUGGAUACGAGUAUGUGAUUCAUCAUCUGUUAUCUUUAGUAGCAGUCGCCUAUUCAAUGUUGAGUGGAGAGGGGCAGCUUUACACAUACAUGGUCCUGAUCUCCGAGACAACAACUCCAGGGAUAAAUUUGAGAUGGUAUCUAGAUGUAGCUGGAAUGAAAAAGUCAAAGGCUUAUCUUGUCAACGGGGUUGUAAUAUUCGUUGCAUGGCUGGUUGCCAGAAUAAUUUUGUUUGUGUACAUGUUUUACCACGUCUACCUGCACUAUGAUCAGGUAGAGCAUAUGAGCACCUUUGGGGAAAUGCUAGUUAUUGUAGUGCCAUUGGUACUAUCAGCAAUGAACUUGAUUUGGUUCUCAAAGAUUAUCAAAGGCCUAAGGAAGACCUUGGCCAAGAGGCAGUAACAUAAUAUAUUUUGAUGGAUCUGCAUAGUUCAAAAAUUUUGAGGAAAAUGAAUUAUAGGUUACACUGUUAAUAUCCCUGCCAACCAUCCAUUCAUCUCUCUCUUCUGAGGUAAACUUAAAAUGUCAUGCUGUUCACUGUAAGAUGUAACAGAGCAGAAAGGAUUCAUUUAACUUCUGUGGUUCCCAUGUGAAUCUGAACUCAUACAUUUGUCUUUGUAUAAA